AAAGAGAAGUUCACACACGUAGAGGCAGAGUGGGGACUGCGCCCGGUAGGAACACAGCACAAGACUGACGAUCAUUGGAAGAAGAGAUUUUACUGCCGGGACUAUAUUUCAAGAAGUUGUCUUUCACUGUGAAGAUGCUGCUGCUGUUCCUGAGCCUGGCAUUGGCCAGCUGUGUAUCAGCGCAGAGGGACUGCUCCAGACAAGCUUGCUAUCCCCAACCCAGAGAUCUAACCGUUGGACGAGUAAAUAAACUUCAAGCUUCAUCGACAUGUGGCCUCCACGUGUCUGAGAGAUACUGCAGUGCAAAGACGUACCAUGGGCGGGAGCUCCUGCAGUGCUGUAUCUGUGACUCCAGGAAUGAAUACAAUCCUGUGUAUUUCACAAACAGCCAUCGUAUCAGCAACGUCGUUCCCUCAGGUUCCCUGAGAAGCUGGUGGCAAUCAGAAAAUGAUCAGGAUCAAGUGUUCAUUCAGUUAGACAUGGCUGGAAAGUUCCAGCUGAAUGAUGUCAUGCUAAAAUUUAAGUCUCCACGCCCUGCUGCUAUGAUGAUCGAGCGCUCGGAGGACUUUGGCAGGACAUGGAAGCCCUACCAGUACUUUGCUGAUGACUGUGCCGCCUCCUUCCCUCACAUUGCAACGAGCCAACCACGGAACUUUGGUGACAUCCGUUGCCAGGAGCAAUCUCGGACACACGAUCCAUCGGAUGACCAGGUUACAUUUAACCCGCUCAGCCUGGCUGACUACAUCAGUGCCACAAAAGGCGACAAGAUUAACAAUUUAGCACCAUUUACGAACCUAAGGAUUAAUUUCAUCAAACCAUACAAGUCACCCUCCUCUCAACAGCUCCGCAAUGUCAACACCUUCUAUGCUGUGUAUGAGCUGAAGGUCCAGGGCAGCUGUUUCUGCCACGGACAUGCAUCCAGCUGUGUGUCAGAAGACAACUCUUCGUUUACACCGCAGGGCCCCAGGCCAAUGACUUACGGACAGUGCGCCUGUGAGCACCAUACAGCAGGCAAAAACUGUGAGAUGUGUGCCAGCUUCUACAAUGACCAACCAUGGAAGCCCGCUGAUGAAUACAGUCCUAACAGGUGUAAAAAAUGCAACUGUAACAACCACUCGCAGAAGUGCCACUUUGAUGCCGAGGUGUACCGGGCCAGUGGGGGGACCAGUGGGGGAGUCUGUGACGACUGCCAACACAACACCAUGGGGAACAACUGCGAGAAGUGCAAGCCCCCCUUCUACCGACAUCCCCAGCGAGAUAUCACUGCACCUGAUGCCUGCGUGGUUUGCGACUGUGACCCCUCCGGUUCCCUUGGUGAAGGGAUGUGUGACCCUGUGACACGGCAGUGCAGGUGCAAGGAGAAUGUGGAGGGACCUCGAUGUGACCGUUGUAAAGCUGGUUUCUACGGACUGGAUGCCAGCAACCCUGUGGGCUGUCGGAGAUGCGCGUGCAGUGGACGAGGUUCCCAGUCGGACGGACUCUGCAGCCAGACUACAGGACAAUGUGUCUGCCUCUCCAACGUGGUGGGUUCCAACUGUGACCGGUGUGCUGAGGGCUUCUGGAACCUAAGAAGCGGAGUUGGCUGCACCCCCUGCAACUGUGAUCCCACAAACUCCUACAGUCAGCGCUGCGAUGAGGUUACAGGUCAAUGCCCUUGCAGAACAGCCAAUAGUGGAAGGACUUGCAGCCGGUCGGAUUUGCAGAAAUGCCCAGACUACUACUACAGUCUGGGUACAGAAUGCGUGCGGUGUGACUGUGACCGAAGUGGUUCCGAGCCUGCCGGGUGUGACAAGAGCACGGGUCGGUGCCUGUGUCGGCCAGGUUUUACCGGCAACCGCUGCGACGAGUGUGAGCGGGCCCGCGGUUACUGCUCCAACUUUCCAAACUGCCGGCAGUGUCACCCGUGUUUCCAGAUUGUAGACAACGAGCUCCGCUCCAUAACCACUCGGCACAAAGCCCUGGUGAACGUAAAGCUCCCGGGUCAAGCCGGCGAUCAGUACGACACUGAGAUCAGUGCGCUAGAUAACAAACUGCGACAAAUCCAGGCGAUAAUUGACAACCCGGCUGUGAGCAACAGCAUAAUCACAGAAGUGUAUGACAACUAUAACCAACUCAGAGUGGAGGCAGACCAAAUCAACCCCGACAUCAGCAACGUGGAUCAAAGUUUCCGGCUGCACAGAGAACUGGAUGAGUUGAACAGUGCCGUGAGAAACAUCGAGAGUCAAGUCCAGGUGAAGAGGGAGCAGGUGGACCAUCACAUCUCUGAAGGAUCACAAGGCACUCAAGGGGCAUUCACCAGCGUUCUCUCAUCGUACCAACGCUCCGGGAGAGCUAAAGACCGGGUCACUGCUAUGGAACCCAUCAUCCUAAAAGCACGAGAUGCACGCUUUACAGCAAAAAAACUCGAGAUGCACCUGAGCACCGACAAUGGGGUCAAGCUGCAGGUGCUGAAGGACAGUCUGAAGACCCCAGAUAUCAACCCCCUCAUCCACAAGGUCUGUGGUGGCUCCAGGAAAGAACCCUGCACUGCGGAACGAUGUCAGGGAGACCUCUGCCCAGAAUUCUGUGAAGGCAGCGACUGCCAGGGAGCUCUUCAGCUGGCGAGGAAAGCGAUUGAAGAUGCUGAGAGAGGAAGUGCCAUCAUACCAGACGUCUCCAACAGAAUUGCAGAGCUCUCCAGAAAGCUCCAAAAUACUGACCAAAUGGCUCGACAGAUUAAGGACAGUGCCUUAAGUCUGACUUUUCGAGUUGUCUCGGCCAAAGAUCAGAUGCAAAAAAGCAUUGCGGACAUCAAGAGCCUCAUCAGCCAAGUCAAAGACUUUCUGACAUCAGCCUGGGCUGAUCCUGAGAAAAUUCAGAGGAUCAGUGAGAAUGUUCUCUCACUCAAACUACCCACGGAUGCUGCUACAAUCCGAAGCAGGAUCAGCACCUUGCGCGACAUUGCAGCCGGACUUCCUGAUGUCACCGAAAUCCUGGCGGACACACAGGAUGACAUCGAAACAGCCAGAGCCCUGCUUAAUGAAGCACAGAGAGCCAGGGAACGAGCUGGUGAAGUGGAGGACAACGUUGGUGAAGCUCGUGACGCUCUGCGAGACGCCAAUAAUGCCCUGGCGAAGGUGAACGACAAGAUGGGUGAUGUCACAGAGGCUAUCGCCGCUGCACAGGAUCGUAUCAGACAGACUGAGGACACGCUCGUGAAUACAGAGACGAGCCUGCAGGAUAUGACUGCGCGACUGGCACGUCUCGCUGACCAAAUCAACAGCCUGCUGACACAGAACAAGGCAAAUCUACGGAAAGCUCAAGCACUGGAACAGAGUGCUAACGACGCGCAGGACACAGCAGAGGAUGCUCAGGGGGAUCUGAAACUACUCAUUGCUGAGUAUGAGAAACUUCGAAAUAAGAUUCCAGAAGCACUCCCAAAAGAUCUGAUGGAUCGAGUCAAUCGGGUUAAAGUUGAGGCUGGACAGUACCUUAAUAAGGUUGAUGAGUUAAUGGCAAUGAUUGGAACAACGGAACAGAAUCUUGCAUUGGGAAAUAAGCAACUGGAGAGUAAAUCUGCUCAGCUGGAAGGCUAUCAGAAUAAAGUAGCCGAGAUCAAGAAAUACAUAGAAUCUCAAGCACGGUACUACAGCCAGUGCACGCCGUAACGGCUCACGGGCAUGGUGUGAGUCUUGCAGCAGUGCCUCUCGUUCAGCUUUGUUGUUGAAGAUGGAUUAUAGUCGGAUUAGGCUUUGGAAUAAGAGGUUCGUUUGGACCUUGUGAUGCUGCUGCAUUUGGAAACAACUUUAUCCCAAGCAGUAAAAGAAUUUCAUCUUGAAUAUUUUCAUUCUCACUUGCACUUUUCCAUAUUUUUACUGGAAUGAGUUCAAUUUUGUUUUCUAGGUAACCCGUAAAGUUUUCUAUUGGAGCUGAAUACUUCAGAAUCUGUCCACACUAUAGCAUUGUAUUAACUUAUUAAAACACAAUAAACUGAUCACCUGUUGUCAGUAGAC